AUGAAGAUCUUUACGCAGUCCUUCCUGUACGACGAUCCUUGGUCCAUCGUUUCGCUUGCCUUUUUCCUGCGAUACCCCAACCCAUAUGCUGCCCACGUAACGUCUUGUGAUGUAAUUUCAAGGGACUUUACACCUUCGGGAACGCUAGUCACAACACGUCUCAUUUUGAAGAGGGGUAGUUUGCCUCGGUGGGCACCUCAAGGCAUAAUUUCGCGUGCGGAGUCGUGGGUGAUUGAGGAGAGCGAGGUUGACCCUUUCGGGCAGGUGGUCAAGUGCAAAACGAAAAAUCUUGACCAUGUCAAGGUGAUGCAGGUCGAGGAGCACGUUCACUUCUGUCAGACCCCCGAAGGAAACACGCUCCAGACCACAGAGGCAAGGAUAGUUUCCGGGUUCGGGUGGGGCUUGACCAAACGGAUUGAGAAUCACGGCCUGACACGGUUUAAAGCAAAUGUGCAAAGGUCGCGAGAGGGAGUUUCUCUCAUACUGAACCUCCUGCGACAGUCCCGUCUACAGCCGAUGGCCCUGGGUGAAGCGGAUGUUCCGACUCCUUUGCCCCAAGCCCACACUGAUGCAGCUAACGCUCAUCAACGACAAGCCAGCGCAGAACAGAACCUUCCUCCCGUGGGGACGUGGUCGCGUCUAAAACAAUGGCUCAGACCUUAG